UAUCCCAAUAAUUAUGGCCUUUCCAACAUUACGAAAUCCAAAAGAGAUCUUAUAAACCUCGGUUAGUUCAUCGUAUUAUAAAUUCAUCUUGAGCUAAAACCAAAAAAUAAAAAAAUGGAUGAUUCUGAAUUUGACUUUGUCCAAUUAGAUCAACUAUUCAAUUUUCUUUCGUCUUCUCUUUCUCCCCCUUCUCCUCCAACAACUCUUCAAAAUCAAGAUUCAUCAAUUUCAUUACAAACACAAAACUCUAAUCAUGUGCCAAAAAAGAAACCAAUUGUCACCAAUCAUCAUCAUCAAGUGAUGAAAAAGAAACCAAUUAAGAUCACCAAUAUUAAUAAUGAUGAUCAAGUUCAAAAUCCUCGUAAAGAGAAAGAGAUGAUAGCAGAGAAGAAGAAAGUUUUACGAAGAGAUGUUGAAAGGCAACGAAGGCGCGAUAUGGCUAAGCUUUACCAACGUUUGCGCCUUCUUAUUCCUUCUAAGUAUCUCAUGGGAAAGAGGUCUAUAUCUGAUCAUCUUGAACAGAUUGUGGAUUAUGUAAAAGAUUUGAGGAAGGACAUAGAGGACUUGGAAAGAAAGAGAGAAGCUUUGAAACAAUUGAAAAGUACUAUUUGUAGCUCUCAAUUGGCACCAUCUUCAUCCUCUAUGAAAUUAAAUGAUGAUAAUGAAGAUAGAAUAAUAGUGAAAUCUUGCAAUGAAGGAGUGAAAAUUUGUAUAAAAGGAGAGCUAUCUCUAUCAAAAGUGCUUAAAGUUGUUAUGAAAGAAGGAUUUAUUGUUAGUAGUUGUGUUUCCUCCACAGUUGAUCAAAGCCUUUUUCACAUUAUUCAAUCUAAGAUGAAUACAAGAGGGGAUAUUGAUCUUGCAGUGCUACGAUCCAAGUUGAUGAGCUUAUCUUAAUCAUAAUAUUUUGAGAUCAUGUGAACUUAAUAUCUUUUGUUCGAUGUAUAUGUAAAUUAUUAUUAGCCAAAUUAUCUUUAAUUUAGCUAUUUGAUAGCUUACACCCUGUGAACUGUGACAUGAUUAAAGAGCAAGCAUGUACGUACUCCCUUGUAGGUGUGUGUGAAUGAAAAAUAUUUGAAACACUAGCUUCUAGUGGGGGCUUUUCAAUUGUUAAU